CUGCUCGCCGAAAUCCAAUGUUUUGAUUCUGCAACAAUGCCGGGAAAAAGAACGAGGAGGAAACUGGUCAAGAAGCAGCAGAGGAAGCGGCGGCGCCAGAAACAAGCAAAAGAACGCGACAGAUUGGAGGAGAUGGAGGAAAGCCUGAGGCUUUUGCAGCCUGAUUACCAGAAAUGGCUGCAGAAACAGCAGGAAAUGGAGGAGUUUCAGCGCCUGGUUGCCGAACGGGAGCACCAGGAAGCGAAGGAGUCCUGGCUGCGACGCGAGGCCAUUGUCCAGCGACAGUUCCGAAUGGACGAGGCCAAAAGACGGCAAGCGCAGGAAGAACUGGAGCGGCUGCAGCAGGAACAGGCCAAGGAGCGGGCGGAACGGGAGGAAAUUAAAAGAAAGCAGCGCGAGGAGGAACUUCUAAAAUCCGCCAAGGCUGCCGCCGAAUUUGAUGCCACAAUGGAAAGUAUGGCAGAGUACCUGAACAACCCACGAGUGGAGAAGCCUCCAAAUCACCUGCUCCGCGUGAUGGAAACCCAUCCGGAGGAAAGACCCUGCGAAUUCUUUACCCGUACCAACUGCUGUCGUUACGGUCUUACCUGCACCUUCAACCACCGACGACCCAUGCUGGCGAGGAUCCUCCUCAUCCGGCACUUCUUCAACCACUCCAUGCUGCAGGAACGACGGGCGCACGCAGAGUACGCCUCGGCGGAGGAACACUUGGAGCUGACCGAACAGGAUCUGCGCAGCGAUUACGAUGAGUUUUUCGACGACGCCGUCGAGGAACUGGAAAAGUUUGGCACCAUCGUUAACUUCCGAACUGUGCGCAAUACGCUGGAACAUCUGAGGGGAAAUGUCUUUGUGGAAUACACAAACGAACGAUCAGCUCUUCGCGCUUUUACCAGUCUCCAGGGUAGAUUCUAUGCAUCCAAGCGCCUGAGCGUAGAGUUCUCCAACCUGAAAACCUGGCGUGGCGCAGUCUGCGGUUUGUCCUUAACACGUAAAUGUCCCAAAGGUAACGGCUGCGGCUAUCUGCACUUGUUUCGAAAUCCGAACAACCUUUUCAACACGGAACUGGAGUACACAACGGGUUCAAGAAGUGAACGACAAUCUACUCAAACUCCCUCGGCGAAAACGCCCAGUUGGGAUGACCAAAAUGAGCAUAGCAGAAACUGGCGGUGGUCAGAGAGCCCUGAAAUGGAGCUGGAAAACUCCAAAGACCUGGGCAACAGCAUUAAAAACUCUAGGAAAAGACAAGAUCUCAGUGAUUCCCAUCAGUCGGAGUAUAAUUCCAGAUCAAGAAGUGAUAAAUGGUCAUCCCGAUCGAAUCGUGGUAAACGCUUUAAAAGAGAUCACAGUUCCUCAGGAUCAUACCAUGAUAAUCACAGAUCAAGAAGUGGAAGCCAUUCCAAAUCCAAUCAUCACCAUCAAAACCAUUGUUAAUAAAAGCCAAAGUAUUCA